UCUUAACACCCUAAGAAUAAUCUCAGAUCUGAACAGGAAGAAAACUGCAAAUCAAAUCCAAGUUUGAAGAUUCAUGGCGGUGGCCAAGGAAUUGUUGGGUUCGUCUUUGGUGGAGAGAUCGUCUUUCCUUCCCGCUUCUGGAUUUUUGCUUAAUCAUCGGCUAAACAAGCAACAAAACAAGCUUUCAUUUUCUCCUGUUUUGAUUCCUUCGGAGAAGAGAAGAUUGCAUUCAAGGAAAGCUGCAUCGGCCCCUAUUGCGGCUAUUAGUGAGGAUUUGUUUAAACCUGUUGCGCCUGUUGCGUCAGAGAAGCCUGUGAAGUUUAAGGUUAGAGCUGUGGUUACAGUCAGGAAGAAGAACAAGGAAGAUUUCAAGGAGACAAUCGCAAAGCAUCUGGACGCUUUGACUGAUAAGAUUGGACGGAAUGUUGUCUUACAGCUUGUUAGCACCGAAAUCGAUCCAAAAACAAAGACACCAAAGAAAAGCACAGAAGCCGUUCUGAAGGACUGGUCGAAGAAAUUGAAUGUUCGAGCGGAAAGAGUCCAUUACACAGCAGAACUCACAGUUGACUCGAAUUUUGGGGAACCGGGUGCCAUAACUGUGAGCAACAAACACCAGAACGAGUUCUUCUUGGAGACCAUCACAAUUGAAGGCUUCGCAUGUGGUCCUGUCAAUUUCGUCUGCAACUCCUGGGUUCAAUCCAAGAAAGAUCAUCCAGGAAACAGAAUUUUCUUCUCCAAUAAGCCAUAUUUGCCUUCUGAUACACCUGCUGGACUGAAAGAGUUAAGAGAGAAAGAACUGAAAGAGCUAAGAGGUAAUGGAAAGGGAACUAGAAAGGUAUCCGAUAGGAUAUACGACUAUGAUACCUACAAUGACCUGGGAAAUCCAGACAAGGGCAUCGAGUUGGCCAGAGUUGUUCUUGGAGGUGAAAACAUACCUUAUCCAAGGCGAUGCAGAACUGGUCGCUCUCCCACUGAUACUGAUAUGAGGGCAGAGAUCCGUAUUGAGGAUCAAAUGCCGAUAUAUGUGCCAAGGGACGAAGCGUUUGAGGAAUCGAAGCUAGGCACACUUGCUGCUGGGAAUCUAAGGGCGAUUCUCCACAACUUGAUACCAUCUAUAAUUGCGAGUCUCUCUGCGGAUAAUCAUGACUUCAAGGGUUUCUCACAUGUUGAUAGCCUCUACAAAGAAGGGUUACUUCUUAAAGAAGGUUUACAGGAUCAUCUCAUAAAGAAGCUCCCUUUGCCCAAGGUUGUCCGCAGGAUUCACGAGUCUAGCCAGGGACUUCUCAGAUACGACACACCCAGGAUUCUCACCAAGGACAAGUUUGCUUGGCUAAGGGAUGAUGAAUUCGCUCGUCAAGCAAUUGCAGGGAUCAAUCCUGUUAGCAUCCAGAGGCUUGAGGUUUUCCCACCGGUAAGCAAUCUGGAUCCUGAGACUUACGGUCCACUGGAAUCAGCAAUCAAGGAAGAACAUAUAAUGGGGCAGCUUGAGGGGAUGUCUGUACAACAGGCAUUGGAGGAGAAGAAGCUGUUUGUAUUGGACUACCAUGACAUCUACCUGCCAUUUCUGGAGAGGAUCAAUGCCCAAGACGGUCGUAAAGCAUAUGCAACUCGUACACUCUUCUUCCUGACGCGACUCGGAACUCUCAAGCCCAUCGCCAUUGAGCUAAGCCUACCCUACACAGGUGGUUCUUCUUCCUCUCCUUCUAUUUCGUCGCCGUCGUGGAAGCGAGUUCUUACCCCACCGUUGGACGCCACCUCCAAUUGGCUUUGGCAGCUUGCCAAAGCCCAUGUCUGCUCCAAUGAUGCAGGGGUUCAUCAGCUAGUGAACCACUGGCUGCGCACCCACGCCUGUCUGGAGCCCUUCAUACUAGCGGCUCACAGGCAUCUGAGCGCAAUGCACCCCAUCUUCAAGCUUCUGGAUCCACACAUGAGGUACACCAUGGAGAUCAACGGCUUGGCCCGCCAGAUCCUCAUUAAUGGCGGCGGUGUCAUUGAGUCCUGCUUCACCCCUGGCCAAUACGGUAUGGAGAUCAGUGCCGCUGCUUACCGCAAUUUCUGGCGAUUCGACCUUGAAGGCCUCCCUGCCGAUCUCGUCCGAAGGGGAAUGGCGGUCAAAGAUCCCACGCAGCCGCAUGGAAUAAAGCUGGUCCUGGAAGAUUACCCUUACGCCAACGAUGGUCUGCUCAUCUGGUCCGCUAUCGAGUCGUGGGUUCGAACCUACGUGAACCGGUAUUACCCGGACUCCAGCACCAUCCGGUCCGACACAGAACUCCAAUUCUGGUACAGCGAGGCAAUCAACGUGGGUCACGCCGAUCUUCGUCAAGAGAGCUGGUGGCCUAAACUCUCUAAUCCAGAGGACCUCACCUCCGUCCUCACCACCCUCAUCUGGCUCGCCUCCGCUCAGCAUGCGGCGCUUAACUUUGGCCAGUACCCUUACGGUGGUUAUGUUCCGAACCGGCCUCCAUUGAUGCGGCGUUUGAUACCAGCGGAGGGCGACCCGGACUAUGACUACUUCUUGGCUGACCCGCAAAGAUUCUUUCUCUCUGCAUUGCCCAGUUUAUUACAGACGACUCAGUUCAUGGCCGUCGUGGACACGCUGUCGACUCAUUCGCCGGACGAGGAAUAUCUUGGGGAGCGACAACAGCCGUCAAUCUGGUCGGGGGAUGCCGAGAUGGUCGAGGCAUUCUAUGGGUUUUCUGCAGAGAUCAGAAGGGUAGAGGGGGAGAUAGAGAAGAGGAAUAAAGAUCCAAGCCUCAAGAAUAGGUGUGGGGCUGGGGUAUUGCCCUAUGAGCUGCUUGCUCCGAGUUCCGAACCAGGGAUCACUUGUAGAGGUGUUCCUAAUAGCGUAUCUAUAUGAUAUACAUAAUAUUUAUCAUAGAUCAUAUUGCACUUGUGAUGCAUUCUUUCUCUAGGAAGUAGGUAGAAAGCUCCAUGGUGGGGUUUGUAAAUUUAAUAAUAGAUUUGCUUUGCUACCCAC